UCAGUAUUUUUUUUUUCCCAAUAACUAAAAAUAGAAGACCCUUUACCCUGUCGUCUCUCCACAAAAUUAAAAAGCAACACUUCUCCAUCAAAUCGCACACACAGUGGAGGAUAAUGGCAAAGGUGUUCAAGGGAGCGAAUGUGUUCAUGUCAAGGAACCUAGUGCCUCCGGAGCUCUUCGACGCGCUUCAUGACGCGCUGAAGCUCAACGGCGCCCAAGUUUUCCUCUGCUGCGACCCCUCCCGUAAUGCCCCCAACGAUUAUCACGUUAUCGCCUCCGGUGAUCAUGAGAAGUUUGUGGAUCUUCGAUCUAAGGGCUGUAAUUUGCUCGGCCCUCAGUGUCUGCUGUCUUGUGCAAAAGAACACAGAUCGCUGCCUAAUCAGGGCUUCACUUGUUGCCUUGCAAUGGAUGGCGUCAACAUACUUGUGUCUGGAUUUGAGAAGGAUGAAAAGGUUGAAAUUGAAAAGUUGGUAACUGCAAUGGGAGGAGUUCUUCAAACAAGAGCAUCAUCAGAUGUCAGUUUUGUUAUAGUGAAGAAUGUUUUGGCUCAAAAAUACAAGUGGGCUCUAAACAAUCUAAAGAAACCAAUUGUCACCAUAAAUUGGCUUCACCAAUGUUGGAAGGAGCACCGUGUAGUUCCUCAAGAGUCAUACAGGGUUCUUCCUUUUUCUGGAUUGACAAUCUGCGUUAGUGGAAUUCCUGCUGAUGAACGAAGGCAAAUGGAGAAGCUUGUUGUGCAAAAUGGAGGCAAAUAUUCUGCUGAACUGACCAAGAGAUGCACACAUUUGAUUUGUCUUACUCCUGAAGGUGACAAAUAUAAGGUUGCAAAAAGGUGGGGUCAUAUAAAUAUAAUAGCCAGAAAGUGGUUCGAUCAAUCUGUUUUAAGAAGAGCAUGUCUUAAUGAGGAGUCUUAUCCUGUUCUGGCUAGUUCUGCAUCUUCUGUGAGCACUUUAAAGACAGUGGAACAGCAUAGCCAGGACAAGAGUUUCAGAAAUUCGCAACAUACAUCAUCAUCUAUGGCUACUGUUUCAGAUUCCGAGGCGAAUUUAUCUACUCAGCCCACAGAAACUAAUCUUGAAAAUCCCCUGCAACACACAUAUUCUACAGUUUUGGAUGCUCCAACUUUUACUACCAAGGAAAAUGAAUUCCCUGCUGAGCAGCGUGAAAAUGAUGCUGGUUUCGACCGUUGUGUGGCUGAUGACUCUGAAAGUGGGGAUGAUGAUUUGUACUUGUCGGAGUGCAAAAUUCUGCUUGUUGGCUUUGAAGCUUCUGAACUGCGUAAACUAGUUGACAUGGUUCGUCGAGGUGGUGGUUCUCGUUAUAUGUCCUUCAGUGAAAAGUUGACACAUGUAGUAGUUGGAAACCCAUCAGAGAUGGAAAUCAAGGAAGUAAGGAGCCUUGCAGCUAUUGGAGUUAUCUAUGUCGUAAAACCUUUAUGGCUUCAAGAAAGCUGUUGUGAAAAAAAAGAAAUUCCUGUACUCCAGAGACACAUUGCUUAUGAUUUGCUUCUUCCAAAAGAUCCUGUAUUCUUCAACAAAGCAACUGCAACUAGCAUGGAUGGUAUGCAAUCAGGGAAGUCCUCUGCUUCUCCCUGCUUGUUUGCAGAUGGUAAGAUCCAGGAAAGUGUGCAAUCUGGAUCAGAAGUGUCAUUGGAAGCCAAGUUGAAGGUGCAAAAUGAUUCAAGUCAUGGAAAUGACUCUAAAAAGUCAUCAUCUGUAUUCAAAAGGAAGCUGUUUCGCUUUUCGAAUUCUUUUCCUGAAGCCCAAAGGCCUGAAAUUGUCGAGUGGGUUAAUCAAGGUGGAGGAGAGAUGGUGGCAGAUCAAAAUGAAAAGAAUGUACACUUCAUUGUUGAGCGUCAUGGUGUGGUGCCUUGUCAGACUGACAUUAUGAGUACAUAUGUCUCCAGUCAUUGGGUACAUUCUUGCCUAGAGGCUGGUUGCUUGCUGGAUGUUGGCAGUCACAUUCUCUAUUCUCCACUUCCAUGCCAAAUUCCUUUGCCAGGUUUUGAAGGAUAUCGCCUUUGUGUUUCACGGUAUGAUAUGAAAGAGAGACAGCUGCUGAGAAAUUUGUGCUUUGUUCUUGGAGUCAAAUUUGUUGAAAAACUGACCAAAAAAGUAAGCCAUCUAUUGUGUAAAUUUGCUGGUGGUGAUAAAUAUGAGGCUGCUUGUAAAUGGGGAAUACAGUUAGUCACGGCUGAGUGGAUAUACGAAUGUGUUGUACAGAACAAAGUCGUCGAUCCAAAUCCAUUUUAUCCAAAAGAACCAUCUUCUCAAGACCAGGAAGCGGGUUUAUGUAAUGUGAGCCAGUAUCCUAGCCAAUCUUUUAGGAUGAUAUCUGAAGAUGAUGCUUCCCAGUUUCCCAGUGAGUCCCGAGAUAUAAAAAAUAUGAAAACUGUUACUUCUACCAGAUUUGUGGCAAAGGAAGAGGCCAAGUGUUCAAGUAGUAGUAAAAGGGCAAGACUUUUGGCAAAUGAUAGUAUAAAACAUUCUCUAUCUUAUGCCUCCACUAAUAAUAAUUCUGUCCAUAUGAAAAAUGCCACAGAAAACAAUGUAUUAGAAAGUUCUAGGGAAUUUUCUUCUGCAGUUCCUGAUGUCGCCGCAGCUAUAGAGGAUUUGUUGGAGCAAACGAGUAAGAUUCAAGAUCAUAAGUCUCCAGAAGCAAGUGGUUGCAGUAAAAAUACUUUCCCUUCUGAAUCUACGAGGCAUGGUCAAGGUCCUGCAGAUUCCCACUCUGAUCUAGAGCCCAAGCAUUGGAUAAACAGGUUUGAUGAAAAAUAUGAUAAUUCCGCCGGAGAUGCAGCAGCUAAGGAAGUUUAUGAUGGUUUCAGUGAAACACAAACUGAAUCUCAGGUUGUUGGUUAUGAAGAAGAUUUGUCUGGUAGGCAAAUGAUUAUUGAUCGAGUGCGAACGAGGAGCAUGGCAUGAAGUUCCAUUGAACAUAACUUAUCGGAACCUCCGCACUCAUUUCUGAGAAGUAACAUGACUUCAAAACUGGCUUAAUGUUUAGUUUAUCGGAGUAGACACUAGUUGACAGUGUCAAGAAAAAAGAAAAAAAUAAUAUCUUAUUCAUUGUAUCAUCUAUUUGUAUCCACAACUAUGUUCUGCCAAAUGAAGAGAAAAUGUGAAAAUACAAAAUAGGGAAGACAGACGAACGAAAGGUUGAAAAGUUGGCAUCAAAAUGCUGAUUGACUGAUGGCUUUUGACUGUGCUUUGUUAAUAAUUUGUCAUGGUUAAAUUUAUUAGAACCCAACUGAUAUUUUAGAUUUUAUUAUAAUUUUUUUUCCGUGUCAAGCUACUAAAAAUGUCUAAUGUCAGAAAUUUGUAUUUCGUUUGGACAUUA